UAAUUAGGUUUGGCACAAAUUAGAUGCUCAUGUUUAAGUAGAAACUGAAACACAUCAUCAGUACCAAAUGGUAUGGAGAAGUUCUCGUUACCUUAUCUUCUUCUUAUGGACAAAAAACGAAUAACAACAUUGUCUUCAUCUGCCAAUGGAAACACUUUCAACUGAUAAUAUGAUUUUAUUUCCUAGUUACUAACAUGAAACCUUCAUCGAUGGGAUCAGCCCGCUCAUAAUAAUGGCUUCAUCCAAUGUCUGUUCUUCAUCUUCAAACCGUUCUCCACACCUUCCUAGCAUCUCUUUCUAUUGCUCACUUCCAACAAAACCAUCAUCAAUUUUAAUACUUCCACAACCCCUUCUAUCUCAAUCCUCAUCUUCUUCUGUUUCACAUAAACUAGGACUGAUUCCUGUUUCUGACGACUUGAUAACAACAACAGCCAAUGCCGUAGCUCUUGCAAAUGCAGCCCUUCAGGCUGCGAAAGAUGCUGCUUCUGUUUCUUCCUCACAAACUAGUCUUGCCUCAUUUCAUGAAACGGAUGCCACGACAUUUGACAAUGAUAGUGACAAUGAGGUAUCAGUUUUAAGUGAUUGGAGGUGCUUGCCGGUGGUGGUUCAUGAUAGUAGUGUUAGUAAUACCGAUAGUAGCAGAUAUAGGAGGAGAAAGCGACGGAAGGGUGUACAUUUUUUCGAGGUGGAUGCAAGGAAUGAAUACUUGGAGAAAAGCAGAUCAUCCAGGUCUUCAUCAUCAAAUUAUCUUACAGCAAAAGAAGAAGCUGAGUUCUCCAUGGAUCUCAAGGAAGGAGCACGUUUGGAAGCAGCAAGAAAUAAAUUAUGUGAUACGAGAAAGGAGGAACCAACAAUAUCAGAAUGGGCUGAAGCCGUAGGGAUGAAGAGAAGCAGCCUUGAAAGGGCAAUUUUAAGGAUAAGCCAGUCUAGAAAUAGGAUCACUCUCAGCUACAGAAGACUUGUUGUCUCCAUAGCUACGGCUUAUCAAGGAAGGGGAUUAAGCCUUCAAGACCUUGUACAGGAAGGCAGCAUAGGGCUGCUCAGAGGAGCUGAAAGAUUUGAUCCAGGAAAAGGAUUUAAGCUCUCAACAUAUGUUUAUUGGUGGAUCAAACAAGCAAUUAUCCGAGCAAUCGAACAAAAAUCCAGGACAAUCAGAUUACCGGGAAGCAUGUGUGAGAUGGUGGCAAAAAUUGCAAAGACUAACACUGCAUUAACCAGCAAAUUAGGGAGAUGGCCUACCUAUGAAGAAAUUGCAGAUACAGCCGGCAUCGAUGUCUCAGUCAUACGACUGGCAUCGAUGAGCAAUAGGACUCCAAUCUCACUGGAUCGGACCCCUCCAACACUUCAUGGAUGCGUGACGUUAAAGGAGAUCAUACCAGGGCCAGAUGAAACAAGACCAGAAACAAUGUUUAGAAGGCAACAAAUGAAGCAAAAUUUACAUGAGCUUCUCAAGACAACGCUUACAGAAAGAGAAGAGUUUGUCUUGUAUCUGCACUUUGGACUCAAUGGGGAUACUCCUAAAUCCUGCGAUGAGAUUGGGAGGGUUUUGCAUCUUUCUAGAGAGAGGGUUCGACAGAUACGAGGAUUUGCCCUGGCAAAACUGCGAGAUGCUAGUGCUACAGAUAAUCUCGGAGUAUAUGCGUUGUAGAUACAUUUUGUGAUUAGUUUGUGCAAUGUAAAUGCAAAGUAAUUUUAGAAUAAGAAAUUAUACUAUGGCAAUGCCCCAAAAAUCAUGAAUUAACAUAAAGGUCAUCGAAGCAGUGUAUGGAUCACCCUUGUAAACAAAACGAUUUUUAAUUGAUGUUUCUUACACAAA